UCCAGAGCGCCAAAGGAACACUCAAACCCAAAUCGUCAUUCGGUGUGGUGGUGACGUUGAACCCCACAGCUGCCACAGACUCAGGGAAAGUGCGGUUUAAGUUCGAGAUCAGUUGUUGGGACGACAGCAGAUCGGUGGAAGGUGUCACUGUGGCCACGGCCUAUGUCAACCGAUCACGCGGCAGCAUCACCGGUGCAGAGGGUGUACGCAGGGGCAGCGUAGACGGCACAACCUCCAACCUAGACAACGUGCACGAGAGUGUGCACAGAUACAAAGCCGUAGACACGCGCCGUACGAGUCCGUCUGUGGUGCUGUUCACGGCGGCAGUGCUGCUGCUGUGCCUGGCUGUGCUGUUCAGUCCGUCGGAGUAUGCGGCGCCAUUGCCACCACUUGUGCACACGGCCACUAACCACUCGCGUGCCUUCUCACACUCUCCCGUGACCACGUGCGGCGUAGAGUGUACCGCUGCGGAUCAGACAAGUCCUGUGUCCGUCUUCCCCACAGUGCAGCCGUCGCACCAGAUGGUGGCUGCCUUUGUGCUAGCAGAUGUCCCUGAGUGGUCCAUGGGACGACUCUCGUGUGACGUGCCCAUCCCUUGCCCAGUGCAAUGGUCCUGUUCGUUGGGAAGUAACCUUAAACCCUAA